AUGUUUGGGAUCAUAGCAGACCUCAUAGCCUCCGUCACCACCAUCCUCCUCCCAGCCUACCUCUCCUACAAAGCGUUGCGUACAAAUGACCCGGCUCAAACGCACCCGUGGUUGAUAUACUUCACCAUUCUGUCCCUCACCCUUUUAUUCGAGUCCUGGACCUUGUUCAUCAUAGGCUGGAUCCCGUUCUACUCAUGGCUCCGCCUCAUCUUCCUCCUCUACCUCGUCCUCCCUCAGACUCAGGGCGCCAAGGUCCUCUACCUCGACUAUUUGGAGCCGUACAUCGUCCACCAUGAACGCCAGAUUGACCAGUUCAUUGGUGAAACCCACGACAAGCUGCAACAGAUGGGAUUGGGUUACAUGAAUAUAGCAAUUGAAUGGGCACGAGAGAAGAUCUUGGGCCAGAAGAGUCCACAACAGCACGCUGGCCAGCAACAAGCAGCCGGAGUAGGAGGUUACGCAAGCUAUGCGUCAGACCUCCUUUCGCGCUUUGCUAUGCCUGGCGCAAGGACCAACACCCCUACUCAACCCGGUGCAACGUCUGCGGGGGUGUACAGCAUGGUAUCUAGUUUCGCUGCGGGUCUGGCUUCUCCAUCCAACCCCUCUCAAGGAACAUAUCGUUCUGCAGCUGCUGAAGCCGCCUCAAUCUCCAUCCCCCCGAACCUCUUCCAGUUCGAGAACAUCCCCGGUCAGUCCACGGCCGAGAAGUCUUCAUUCAUCACUGCACAACGUGACAGGUUAUUGGGCCUGGUAAGGAUGCUGGACAGCGAGCAGCAGAACUUGGACCUCGCAUACGGCGCUGCUCCGGGCGACGGCAAUGGGCGGGGAGGGAACGGCGGACAUAGUAAGCGACCCUCAAGCUCAGGAUCUGGGUUGGCCAUGGGCGGUGGAUUGAAGACCAAGUCGCGAAGUGAGCAAUCGUUUGAAAAUGUCGACUACGACGAAGCCACAGGAGGCUCAAACACGCCAGCAGAUCCUCAUGAUCGUCGGCGAACCAGCGGUGGCGAUGGUGCUGGUGGAGGCUGGAUCCCCGCUGGUGUCAGUGGGUGGUUUUCGGGCAGUGGCCCCGGUGGCGGCCCUGGAGGCGACGCCCACUAUGACCGGAGCGAGCGGGACAUGGAGAGGGAGAGGAUGCGAGAUUCAGGCCCUGAGUCAACGUCGCCAUCCGCAAGAGCAUCCCGAGGAUGGACCGCGGCGAGGGAUAUCACAGACGAGAUCUCACGUGGUAUGAGCAGUGGCGUGGACUCGUUGAUGGGGGACCCCGAACGACGCAGAUGA